AUGGUGUUUCUCUCUGCAGGCUCGAAAAUAAUCAUAAUAAUUAGCCAAUACGAAGCUGAACUGCCUGCGAAAUAUUCGGAAUAGAAAACUAUGACGAGAAACAAACAUAUCAAAGGGUCACAGAAAGGCUCAGCUAUUAAAGUCCUGGAUAAAAGCUUAGAAACUGUUGACAAGCCAACAAAUUCUGAUUGUUUGGAUGAAGAGGAACAAGGUUUUGGAGGUUGGCUCAGAUCCACAAAUGGUUUAGAAACGAUGAAGCUGUUCGUGAUUGCCAACAGUAUUGUGAUGCUCACGACUUUGGCCUAUCCUCACAUGCAAAAUAUCAUCGGGAUUGUAUCCGAUCUAAUGUAUGGACCAGAUUCUAUAUAUUGA